UGUUUUUAACAUAAUUACAUUAAUCCAAAUACAUUAGGCUAUCACAAACAUUUUUAUCAAAUAUCCUUACACUCAACUGAAGAAUAACAAAGGGGUUCACACAGCCAGGAGAAGCUUUAUCAUUUUCGCAAAUAAACUCUUAAUCUCAAAGGAAGCAUACAGCCUAAUCUGGUUCUUGAUCUUUUGAUAAACCUUAAGAACCAUUCAGUAAUCGGAUCUUAAAAGGAUCGUUUUAAAAGCUUUAUUUUUAAUCGCAGUAACAUUUCACUAUUGCUGAAAGAAUCACUUGCAAACUUAAAUGCUGGCAGCGCAGGCUGAAUUUGUGUAGCCUAUAGGAGCACGGACCCAGCUCUCCAGAAGGCUGGUCAGGGAUUUUGCGUGGAUGCGCCUGAGAAUGCCGAGCCAAUCACUGCGAGGCAGAUGCAUGUAAAAUUCGCCGCUGAGUUUGAGGACUGGAUUGAGCACAUUGUGCUGUGGGACAACAGGAAUCAAGCAUCUGGGGUCGCGCUCACAUGUAAUAAACUGAUGCGCACUAAUGCGCACACUGGCUCAUCUGACGCGCGCCUUUGGUUACGCGUCUAUCAUGGUGGUGGUACUCGCUUAAAUCGAGGAUUAUUUUAGAAAGACUCCGAUCGUGAGUAUAACGGACAUCUACUGCUUGUGCAUUUGACAGUUUGUAAUUUUCCCCUCGUUUGUUGUAUGAAAGCAUCGGUCUGCUCUUCGGACACCUCUUGCGCAUUAGAAAGCUUGUGAUAUCGCACAAGUUUGUAGUUGGAAUUGAUUUUCGGACACGUCGUUUUGGAGAUUUCUGUCAUUCGGACGGUGGUCCUUUUGUAUGGAUGUAGUCUGUCGGACUGAUUUGGACCGAUCCGGGGGUUCCAGACGCGCUUCCCCGAGAUUCCCCAGCAUCAUCACCGUCCAGCAGCAGGCGACAUGAUCCUUCUGGGAAUACUUCUAAAUCUGUUCGUCAUUAAGGGGUGUGUUCCCUCAGUGGUGCCGGUGUUCCCCGGGACUGUGGACUGCAUCGAGGCUGUACAGGAAUGCGUGUUAGACCCGGAGUGUAAGCGACCGUUCCGGCACCUGGAGUACUGUGUGGACGAGGAGGCGGUGGCUCCCCUGGGUCUGGAGGCACGACAGGCCUGCGUCGAUGCCCAGAACAACCUCAUGAACUAUCAGCCCCUGCAAGAAUGCAAGUGUCAGCGAGGGGCUCGCAUGGAACAACAGUGCCUGAGCGUUUACUGGACCAUACGUUUUCCACAGGGUUAUGAUGACAUUGAGACGUCCCCAUAUGAAGACAUUGAACUGGAACUUGUGAGAAAUACUGAAACAUCAAAACUAGCCUCAAUAGUUUCAGUGUCGUCCCUUCCUCUGACGGAUCAGAACCAGUGUCUGAAAGCAGCUCAGGACUGUGGGUUGUACGAGAAGUGCGGUUCCCUGCGCUCUGAGUAUGCGUUAGCUUGCACUAAGAUCAUACCUGGCACCAACCACUGUAACCGGCACAAAUGCCACCGGGCCCUGCGGAGGUUCCUGGAGCGUGUUCCCGAGGAGUACAGCUUUGGUGUCUUGUUUUGCCCCUGUUCGGAUACUCUAUGCGGGGAGAGGAGGAGAAAAACCAUCGUGCCCUCCUGUUCCUACGAGGAGCGAGACGGACAGCCCAACUGCCUUCAUCUGGAGAGCUACUGCCUCAGAGACAACAUGUGCAGGUCAAGACUGGCUGAUUUCCAGCAGAACUGUCAGCCGUCUUCUGUCUCUCCCUCCGGCUGUCUCCGGGAAAGUGGAGCCGUGUGCCUCAAGGCCUACGCUGGGCUCAUCGGUACCAUAAUGACACCAAACUACGUGAGUAACAGCAGUACAGAGGUGUCGCAGUGGUGUAAUUGCGAAGGCAGCGGGAACCAGUGGCAGGACUGCCUGCGUAUCCUGCACAUGUUCACCAGCAACACCUGCCUGCGUAAUGCCAUUGAUAACAUGGGAAGCUCCACCCCUCGUCCAGUAGAGGGAACGCCCCUUCCUCCACCUCGCCCCUCCCCUCAGGUCCAGCGUGAUGAGCUGAACAUCAACCUUCUGCCUGAACCCAAUGCAGUGGAAGAAAGCCAAGAAGAAGAAGAUGAGGAGGAGGAGGAGGAGGAGGAGGAGGAGGAAGAAGACCAAACCGGAGGAGGGUUCAACGUCAUCCCUCCGUUCUCGGACAAGGCGACAGUCACUAACCUGGGCUCUGAGGCCGGGAGAGUCCACGGCUUGGCCACCACCCUCUCCGUCCCUCACUUCCUACUCACGGUUCAGCUGCUGAUUGCCCUUUUCUGGGGGUAAAACCCUCACUCACACACACACACACACACACACACUCUCUCUCUCACACAACACAUCCCAACACACUAUCAUCGAGGGACGACAAGAACGACAGAUCGGAGGGCAAAACGAGCGGACAACUGUUCUAUCCCCUCUUUCAUUCAUUCUUUUUCCCUUCUCGGGAAGAGGGUCUGCUAUAGAUAUAGCUGCUUGCUCAUUAGGGAAACGGGAUUCCCCGACUGAAUCAUUUGAAUCACACAGAAGAUUCACAACUCCUCGGACUGACAUUAGCCGACGGUAAACUGAAUGAUUUGGUCGUACCAUGUAUCUAUUGUAUAAUGUGAGUGUGCUUCAGAAAAGUGAGUUAAACCAGGAAAACAUUGGCGUCAGUCAGCGUUUCCUGCGUUUGGAAAACCCGCCGUGUUUAUUGUCGCUGAUCAUGUCGUUGUAUGAAAUGAGACAAACGUAUGUGUGUUUGUAAGUACGUGAUUUGCUUGACAUCUCUGCUCGCCGAGAUGAGAGAAAAACUCUUGUCGAGCACGAUUCCCGAAUGUCCCGUUUUCUCUCUCCUCCGUGUCUGGAGAGUCAGGCCGCACACCUAAUCACACACACACACACGCCUCUGCCCUGCCGAGGAGCCGAUCGCAGAUGCAAGCGCUUUUCAUUUAUUGCUCUAUCUGCGAUGUGCUUUCAUUUUUUGACUCAGCACAGACCGCGCACUCUAACCAGGGGCAUAAAUAUGAAAAACACGUCGACGAACAGACAAAAAACAGAGUAAUAAAGCCGAAAAUAAAGAAAUAAACACGCUAAAUAAAUAAAUAUGUGGCCGCACAGCAGGUGUCGGAGUCCGGUCUGGGUUUAGAACCUGAGGGGAAGAAACAGGAAGUCAUUUUCCAACCGCCUGUCGCCUGGUACCUCUCCCUGUGCCUGUUGUUUUACUUUCACAGAGAUAAUGGCUUACAACACAAACUGUUUAUCUUGUUGUGUGUUCACGGGGACGAAUUACUCGUGAUGGGAACCAAAUAGAAAAAAAGAGAUCAAGGGAAAAAAACAGACGGAGACGGGGAGAGACUCAAACCCUCCAGCCAAGAAAAACACAACAACAUACAGUCUAGAAUCACAUGCCUUUUCUGUUUCUUAUAAAUCUUUUGCUGACACCAGUGCUUUUUUCUCAAUCUCGUUUCUUUUGCUCUCUCUUCAUUCGCUCUCGUGCGUGUCCAUGGAAGCGAGAGAGACUAAGCAUGGCCACACUGGUACCGAACUGAAUUCAAUCAAGAACUUAUUCUUAAACAUUGACGUAGUAGACCUAUGAUCAGUAGGUUUUGGAGUAAAAAUACAAGAUUUGGCCCCUCGCAAAAUCCUCUUAGACCGUAAUGCCUGUUCAAAAACAUAUUAUCACAAUAUUGUCAUCUAGAUAAUCCAAAUACACUCUUAACCUUAUAUUCUAUUCUACUGUCAGGUGCUUCAUCAUGAGAUUAUAAUUAUUAUUAUGAGAUUAUUUAGUUUGAAUAAUGAGUUUUAUUUUCAUUUGAAUUCAAUUUUAUGAUUUAAACAGCGUGUGAACAUGACAGUAUAUGCGAUAAUUUAAGUAAUUUCUCUGGCGUAAGACCUCUAUAUGGUUCAAUAAAGAACUCCACUGACUCUUUA